UUUUGGUCUUUAACAUAUGCAUCGAUGUCUCAAUGGCCAAUGCUGAGCAUCCAAAUUACAAGCCAUCCCUUUCCCUUUCACUUUCUUCCAAUCAAAAGAUCGUUAGACUUUUUUACCCAAUUGCUGCGCCUCUUUUCGUCUCUCAAACCCCAUUUCUUUCCCCUUAUAUAUGUUAUGCUCUGAUCUCUACUCUCUGCCUAACUCGGGCACCCAACCAGAGCUGGAAAGAGUUGAAAAGGCUGGAACCUUUUACGCCGAUGACAAAGGUUUAUCCAAACGCUAGUUUUACUGGCAGCGAUGCCAUCUCCGAGAGGCCGUCUAAGCUGUUAGUAGCAGCUGACACAUGGGAGGCUAUUCUAACUGUCUGGAAAAAGUCGUUGUUGUUCAACUGUAACGGCUUCACGGUGUUUGAUGGUAAUGGUGAUUUGGUGUUCAGGGUGGAUAAUUACAUGGAAGGCAACAAGGGCGAGAUCCUUCUCAUGGAUGCCACUGGCAAGCCUCUCCUCACCAUCCGCCGCAAGAAAAUGAGCCUCGGAGAUAGCUGGCUGGUUUACGAGGGAGAAACCUUGGUGAAUCCCACACUUUCUGUCAGGAAAUCACUGAACAUCCUAAACAACAAGUGCUUGGCUCACGUUUUCGCAGGGAACACAAACAAUCGAAAUAACAACAUCAUGUACGAGAUUGAGGGGUCAUAUUCCCAACGAUGCUGUGCCGUGUACGAUGUCAAGAGGAGGUUAGUAGCUGAGAUCAAGCGGAAAGAGGCUGUUGGUGGAGUUGCCUUUGGAAUCGACGUCUUCCGUCUUGUUGUUCAGCCUGACAAUAUCAGGGCGGACUUUGCCAUGGCUUUUGUUAUCCUUCUUGAUCAAAUGUUCGGAUCUUCAAGAUCAGGCUGCUCCAUCUAACUAUAUUUUCUUGCCACUUUCUUCAGCAAGACUCUAUCAAUAUAUAAUCAUAGCAACAAUUUCCAAAUUGCAGCAUCAGCAUCUUUGGUUUAUGAACUCCCCUACUAUACCAAAUCGUUUACUUUUGUAAAAAAAGAAAAGGAACAGAAAAAAAAACUUUUUGUUGUUAGCUCUUGGGGCUUGGGUUUUUCGUUUUAGAUAAAAAACCAAGCUCCCAGUGGGGAUGUAUAUACAUUCAACAGUAAGAAUAAUUUCUGUUCCUCUAUCUCUUUCCUUCUUUUUGGAUGGUUGUAUAUGGUACAGAUCGAAAAUUGAAGCUGCUGCUUUGAUCUGGGUUUUUCUU